UUUCACGUGAAAGCAGCGCGAUAGGAGCAACGUCCAGCGCGAAACUAUCUAACUAAACACCAAUAAUUUGUUUAAAACAACAACUGGGCAUUUUAACGCUGUAGGUUACCGUUUAAGAACACGAAAGAGCCCGACGGUUUUUGUCUUCAGCAGCCCGCUCUGUUGUUGGAAACGAAGAAAAAAUGAGCUACGGAAGGCCGCCACCAGACGUUGAGGGGAUGACCUCCCUGAAAGUGGAUAACCUGACUUACCGAACCUCGCCGGAGACUCUGCGUAGAGUUUUUGAGAAGUACGGCCGUGUCGGAGAUGUGUACAUCCCCCGAGAUAGAUACACCAAGGAGAGUCGCGGGUUCGCCUUCGUGCGGUUCCUCGACAAGCGCGACGCAGAGGACGCCAUGGAUGCUAUGGACGGCGCGCUACUCGACGGGCGGGAGCUCAGGGUGCAGAUGGCCCGAUACGGAAGACCGCCGGACUCCAUGUACAGCCGGAGAGGGGCUCCGCAACGCAGAUACGGAGGGUAUGGACGAAGAAGCAGGAGCCGCUCAGCCAGCCCCCGUCGCAGGAGACGAAGCCGCAGCCGCUCCAGGAGCAGAAGCCGUUCCCGAUCCAGGAGCCGCCACCAUUACAGCCGCUCCAGGUCCCGCUCCUACUCCAGGUCCCGAUCCAAGUCUAAGUCAAAGUCCAGAACCCCUAGAAGAAGCAAGUCUAAGUCUCCCUCCAGGUCUCGAUCCCGCUCCAGGUCGAAGUCAAGGAGUAGGACCCCGCCUUCCAACAGGGGGUCCAAAUCAAGAUCCAGGUCCAGGUCCAAAUCCAAGAGUAGGCCUAAAUCUCCAGAGGACAACGGAGAAGAGUCUUAACCCAAACCCGGACACGACAUGACGAUCUCAGAUGACUGAGCGUUUACGGAGGACUUCAGGAAGAGUCUCACAAUGAGCAAGUGGACUCCACUAUUACAACUGAAUGCAGACUGAAAGGUUAUUGAAGCUCGAUAUAAAAUGUUUUAAAUGUUUCAUUUGAUUACAUUUUCCUGAACAAAUUCUGUAAGUUUUGAUGUGAUUGUUUUUUGUAGAGUUCAGCAUUUUGAAAGGGAUUUGUAAGUUUUUUUUCUCAUUAAAUUGGAUUUUUGCAUUUUGAUUUUAUUUUCCUGUUAAUAAAUCAUUUUUUCAUUGAAGAUAGAUUUCUUACUUCAAAUCCUCUGUUCAACAAGUUUCUUGAUGGUUCUGAGAGUUAUGUCUAAAACUGGAGAAAGGGUUGUCAUGUUUGGAUGUUUAAAGGCUUCAGAGCUGUUAAGCCCCUCAUUAAAAAUGGCUUGCUGUACAGAUUUUAAAAAAAUCCACAAAAACGAUCUUAGCGCCACUUAUUUUGUCACGUGCUAAUCCAGCAGGAAAGCAUUCUUUUUGUCGCAUCACUUUUUUUCCUGUCUCGUUAAAGUUGCUUUCCUAUGACUCUAACCCUCUUUCUUGUGUAUCUUUUGUGCACUAGGCGCAGUUGUGUAGCAGUUGAGUAAUGCUGGUUAGCUGUUAAGAUGCGGUGCAGUGCGGUGGUGACAUGGUGUGGCGUGUUGCGGUGCUGGGUGCCCGGCGCUGUUCCGGGGCUCGACCCUCCGCUGCUGUUUUCCGGUUUGUAAGCUCACAGGUGUGACAGAUCAACCAUCCUCUCCUGUCUUGUGACCUUUCCUUCCCUCCAUGUGCUGUACAGAUUCUUUCCUUUUUCUCUGUGCUCCCACCUCUCCUUUGUCUCCCCUCUGUGGUUUAUCCACUGUUUAUAACUGGUUUUUGCUCUUUUUUAAAAUGGGUCCAGUGUGACUCCCAUUGAAGGGUUUAAAGGGCAGUCCAUACUGCUUUUAAUUUGUGUAUUGCAUUCCUCUGUGAACCUCUCAGUUGUCUUGUAAUUGCUUCAGGUGAAUGCCAAUAAACAUCUUUGUCUUUAAAUAUG